UUGGUCUUAUUUUUUUCAGAAAUUGACUUGGAACGACCAUAUUACUUGGAGCGCCUAUAUGAAAUAGAUCAGAGUGAAAGCAUUGCUUUCAACGAUAUCAUUCCAUACUUGGAUUUGACAGUGAAUGAAAUUUUUGCCGAAAAAUAUCAAAAAGUGCUGUACUCGCCGAUUGAGGUUCGCCCGUUCAAUGCCGAGAAAACACGUAAUAUGCGCGCUCUGAACCCGGGCGAUGUUGAUCAGCUAAUUACAAUAAGUGGUAUGGUUACACGAAAAUCGCCACCAAUACCGGAAAUGCGACAAGCAUAUUUCCAGUGCAACACUUGCAACUUUUCGCUGAUUCACAAUCGCUCACUUUUUAUGGAUAAGCAAAUCGUUAAGCUGCAAGAAUCUCCCGAUGAUAUGCCUGCCGGACAGACACCAUACACAGUAACUUUGUUUGCGCAUGGUGAUUUGGUGGAACGUGUGCAGCCGGGUGAUCGUGUUUCCGUAACGGGCAUCUAUCGGGCGCUGCCAGCACGGAUCAAUCCACGUAUCAGAACCGUCAGUUCGGUCUAUCGUGCGAGUAUCGAUGUGCUGCAUUUUCGAAAAACUGAUCAGAGCCGCCUUCAUCAGCUGGAUGACGGGUAAUA